AAAUCAUUAAGGUCAUCGAAGAUAUUAGCCCUAAAAAAAUAGCUGCAGUUGUAUCCGAUAAUGGAUCAAAUGUUCGUGUUGCACGAAGAACUUUGUGUGAGAAAUAUCCUUAUAUUUUGGAUAUUAGCACGGUUUGGAAAAUAGGCACUAUUCAUCAAUAUUUUACAAAAUCGCAUGCCACAUGUCAAUUUUUAAAAGAUGCAAUUAAAGUAUUAAAAAUUAAGAGUGGCGAUUUAAAGGAUCAUACAAAAACACGUUGGUCUACAAUGUGGGAUUGCGUUAGUUCAAUUGUAUGA